CGCUGCCCAAGCGGGCCCCGCCCACCGGCCGAGCGGAGCGGAGCGGGAGGUGCGAGGCGAGAGCUCGCGUCCGCGCUCGGCAGCUCGAGCUCCACGCCCGUGCCCGGCCCGGCGUCCCGGCUCAGGACCUGCCAUGUUUCGCAGGCUGGGUUGGCUGGUCCUGUACAGCCUGGCUGUGCUGCUGCUCAGCUGCCUGCUCUUCCUGAAGAAGGAGGCCAAGCCAGUGGGGGGCCCCACGGCCCGCCAGCCCUUCUGGGCUCCCCCGGGGCCCCGCCGCAGCCAGUGUCUCCCCAACCGCACAGUGGCUAACGUCUCCCUGUCUCUGCCCAGCCGCCACCGCCUCUUCUUGACCUAUCGCCACUGCCGCAACUUUUCCGUCUUGCUGGAGCCUUCCGGCUGCUCGGAUGACACCUUUCUGCUCCUGGCCAUCAAGUCGCAGCCCGGCCACGUGGAGCGGCGAGCGGCGAUCCGCAGCACGUGGGGCCGGGUGGGGGGCUGGGCGAGGGGUCGACAGCUGAAACUGGUGUUCCUCCUGGGGGUGGCGGGGCCUGCGCCCCCAGCCCAGCUGCUGGCCUACGAGAGCCGGGAGUUCGACGACAUCCUGCAGUGGGACUUUGCCGAGGACUUCUUCAACCUGACGCUCAAGGAGCUGCACCUGCAGCGCUGGGUGGCAGUUGCCUGCCCCCAGGCCCACUUCAUGCUAAAGGGAGAUGAUGACGUUUUUGUCCACGUCCCCAAUGUGCUGGAGUUCCUGGAGGGCCGGGACCCAGCCCGGGACCUCCUGGUGGGAGAUGUUAUCCGCCAGGCCCUGCCCAACAGGAACACCAAGGUCAAAUAUUUCAUCCCCCCCUCCAUGUACAGGGCCCGCCACUACCCACCCUACGCUGGGGGUGGGGGCUACGUCAUGUCCCGAGCCACGGUGCGGCGCCUCCAAGCAGCCGUGGAGGAGGCUGAACUCUUCCCCAUCGACGACGUCUUCGUGGGCAUGUGCUUGAGGAAGCUGGGGGUGGGUCCCGUGCACCACGCUGGCUUCAAGACAUUUGGAAUACGGCGACCCCUGGACCCCCUAGACCCCUGCCUGUACAGGGGGCUCCUGCUCGUGCACCGCCUCAGCCCCCUGGAGAUGUGGACCAUGUGGGCGCUGGUGACGGAUGAGGGGCUCAGGUGUGCAGCAGCCCCUUUGCCCCAACUCUGAGGGGUGGGUUGAGUGAGUGGACCCAGUGUUGAUUUUCCUAUCAUGAUGACACGUGAGAACCUUGAAUCUUGACCUGAGGGUCUAUGGGAAAUGCUGACUUCAUUUCUUCAUUUUUGUAACCCCCACCCAGACCUUGAGAACUGAUUAAAAACACUGACCCCUGGCUAACCUGUACCAGCAUGUGUUGAAUGGGAGCAAAGUUCGGCAUAGCAGAGGCUGGGUGGGGGUGCGGUGGUUCCCGGACCCCCUAGGGGCUCUGCCAGGCUAGGAGGCAAAGGAGGCUGCACAGGGCCCCAGAAUACAGACAUUUUUUGAAGUGCAAAAAACAAAACUAUUCUCCUUCAGAUACAAUAGAGGAAGAAGGAAACAAGAGGCGUGUGUUGGAAUAUGUCCUGUUGAGCACCAGGUAAACACUCUGCAUUCAGUUCCUUAAGAAAAAUGGACUUUUGGCUGCUGGGCCUCAGGUGUCCUUGCAGGCAGAGGGGCCAGAUCACAGAAAGGAUUAGAAACACUUAAAAAAAAAAAAAUCUUAACAGGCUCCCCAUUCCCCCCAAAAACUCC